CUUUUUGCUCAAACUUAAAACCAUUAAACUUUUCUUUUAUCUCAAACAUAAACCCAUUUCCCCACAAAUAUCCCCAAACCUAGCUAUUUCCCUCAACCCACGAUGCAAUCCUGUGAAAACCCUCUUAUUCCUUUUCCCCAUUCAUCUUCGAAAAAUCCAAACCCAAAUUGAAGGAAGAGAUAAGAAAUUGCUAAAAGUUAUCAAAAGAGCAAAGGCAUCGGAAAUUGAUAAAAGAUUUCAAGGAGCGAAGGCAGCGAGAAGUUGUAGCGAAGGCAACGAGAAAUUGCUAAAAUUAAAAAGUAUUAAGGCAGCAAAUAAAGGAAAUAUAAUGUCGAAAGUGCGACCAGACUUGAACCUGCUGGUCUCGAUUAGUAGCAAUCGCCAAUGGAUUCCAUCACUCCCGUGUCACAAGCAGCUCAUGAACGAUCUCAAAAUUCUACCAAUCAUGAAGCAGCUAAACAAUUUGAGGAACAAUAACAAUAGUGAUUGGCGAUUAUCUUUGCUUUAUAUUAUUUCAGGUCCCUCCGAGCCAAAAAGAAAAAGAGGUCGUAUUCCCGAUGAGGCGAAACCAUGGGUUUUUGAAUCCAUUCAGACUGUUUGGAGAAAGUAUAAGAACCAGUUGAAGAAAAGGCACUUUGAAGCCUAUGAAAAUGACAACCUUCGAAUGGAGAACAGAAAAAAAAAAGAGAAGGAAACUUCUAAUGUUGUACCAAGUAAGGAUAUCUUUGUGGCUACAAGAAUAAGAAAAUCCGGUCGAGUAUACAAGGGUUUGGUCCUAUGGAAUUCAAGUGGAGUAGAUCAAGAAAUGGAAGAUGAAGGCACCUUACUUAAGAUGAAUUUUGUAUUGCUAUAGAUGAAUGUUCUUGGAAUCUUUUGUUUAUCAAAAAUUUGAAACUUACUCUCUUGAAAUGUAUACUAAACUUAUGCACUUGAGGUAACAUUUCUAUUUAUGGAUAUUACUAGUUUGUUGGACAA